AUGCUAACCAACAUACGCGCAAUCAAGGCCUUACGGCGAUCCAUCAAGGGUGACAAGGACAAGCAGCCACAGAUAUCUAUAGCCCCAAAGUCUGCCGUUGCCAUUGUUCCGCCAAAGAAGGUCAUCCGCGCCCUCUGGGACUACGAAGCCCAAUCUAGCCAAGAACUUAGCUUCUCACGCGGCGACUUCUUCCACGUGAUAGGGAGAGAGAACGAUACAGAUUGGUACGAGGCUUGCAAUCCUGCGCUUCCAGAUGCUCGCGGAUUGGUACCGGUUGCUUUCUUCCAGGCCCUUGGUCGCACAGAAAGAGAUAGCGCUCAAUCGGACACGUCCGUUACACGCACGUCUGCGCCUGUGCCAUCAAAGAACCCGGACCAUGAUUCCGGAUAUGCCGAGACAUCAGCUCCGGUCCCAUCGACCCCUGGGUUCAGCAAUAGGGACUCCAAAUCAGGCAAGUCGGGUGCCAUGGUUUAUGGUAUAGUCAUGUACGACUUCCAGGCAGAGCGUGCAGACGAACUCCAAGCACAGGCGGGUGAGGCCAUUAUAGUCAUUGCCCAGUCAAAUCCGGAAUGGUUUGUGGCGAAACCCAUUGGGAGGUUGGGAGGUCCAGGGUUGAUACCUGUUUCUUUCAUUGAGAUACGAGACAUGGCAUCCAACACUCCCGUACCCGAUCCUGAGGGAGCGGUACGGCGAGCUGGGAUCCCUAGGGUUGAGGAAUGGAAGAAGAUGGCCGCCGAGUAUAAGAACAGCAGCAUCACUCUGGGCAAAUUUGAGGUCGGGGGCGCUCCCCAGCAGCAGUCAAUCGAGCAAGGCAUGGAUCGCAUGAGUCUGCAACCUGCAGACAGUCGCUCGAGCCAAGGACAGCUCAAUGGCAAGCCUGUAAGCCGCCGUGUGCACUCUUAUUACAUCCGGAGAUUUCGGGAAAGCAACCGUAAAAGCUUUGCUAACAACCUCUUUUGCUGGAACCAGCAGCAGCAACAACAGCAGCCUCAGCCGCAGUCUCAGCAGCAGCAGCAACAGCAGUCUGGAUACAACUCUCAAAGAAACACUCAGCAGCAGACCAUGCAACCCCAAAAUGCCUAUCCAACGCCCAAGCCUUCGACUCAACUAUACGCUCCCGUUCAAGCCAGCAUCCCGCGCUAUUGUUUUGCCGAGGAGAAGUAUUGGUUCGUCAUUGAGGCUAUCCUUGAAGAUGGGCGCAAAUACGAGCUCUCUAGAUACUACGAAGACUUUUACGACUUCCAGAUUGCCCUCCUGACCGAGUUCCCUGCCGAGGCGGGCAACACGGGGACACAAAAGCGAACCCUUCCAUACAUGCCCGGCCCCGUUAACUACGUGACGGAGUCUAUCACUGAGGGUCGUUUGCACAACCUCGAUGCCUAUGUCAAGAACCUGCUUGCACAGCCCACGUACAUAUCCCGGUGCAAUCUGGUCAAGCAGUUCUUUGCACCCCGGGAAGGCGACUACGAGAUGGAUGCGAAUGGAGAAGAAGACGACUAUCGCAUGUCGGGAGGGUCGCAACAAUCUUCGCCGGACUCGCCAAAUGGCGGAAUAUCACAACAGUCGUCAGGGAACAACCUGAGCUCUGGUGGCUACAACAACAACAAUUUGGCCCCUGGCCAGCAGCGAGGACUUAAUGGCCAGCCCCAGAUGAUGCGUCAGACAUCGUCACUUUCCCAGCCUUCCCAGGCUUCGCUUUCGCCUGGCAUUCCACAGGCUGGUGCUUUUAUGAAAGUGAAACUGAGUUACAACGGUGAUUUGAUAGCCAUACGAGUCUCUUCGGAUAUCCAAUUCCGAGAGCUUUUUGACAAGAUCACCGAGCGGCUCAGGAUUCAGCCCGGCGAAGAGAUACAGCUUUCAUACAAGGACGACAUAACAAACGGAAAGCUUGCCUUGAUGAACAACCAGGAUCUGAUAUAUGCAAUGCAACGAAACGAGAAGCUUCUGUUCUACGUCGAUCACGUAUAA